UAGGAGUAUGAAAAGAAGUAAAUUUGGACUAAUGGAGGAGCACAUGCGUUGUUUAGCUCAGAAAGGGAGCGGCGAGCGGUAACCUUGACCACUAGAUGGCACUAACACCUGCACGCUGAACCUUUAGGUAGCUCACGCUAACACGUUAGCAAACAGCAGCUACAGAGCGACAUGAUGCUGCAUGGUGAGUCCAGUGUUCUCGUUCUGGUAGCUCUGUGAUUGGUCCAAUCAGGUCAACCCUCCUGAGCGUUCCAUCUACAUGCAGAACAUCAGCUGCAGCCAAGAAGAAGAGGAGCAGCGCGAGGACAGAUGAUGCAGGGCUCUACAGUGUUUCACUCGCAUCUGCUCCAAAAAAACAGAGACGUGCGAGCCGGAUAAACGACGUAGGAGCUCGGUGAAGUAAAAAAAGAGUCCUGCAUGGUUCUGAUUACUGACUAGUCAGUACGGAGCUUUAAUCCAUCAGAGAACAAGCUGCUUUUCUUGCACAAGGAUUUAUUUAAUGAAGCAAAACACAAAAAAGACACUGCUCAUGCAGCAGAUCUACAGACAGACAGACCAACAGUUUGAGGUUUUCACCACCGUCAUCUCCCCGCAAGUCUGCAGGUCGAGGACGAGGACGACACGUGUGGACGCUCAGAAGGUGGUGGUGGCGGUGACGCAGUACCGGUCACGCUGGCCGAAGGAGCUGGACCUGAACCAGGGAGACCUGAUCCAGGUCCUGUGUAAGGAGGACGACUCCUGGUGGUUCGGGCGGCUGACAGACGGGAACGAGGGCUACUUCCCCGCAGCCUGCGUGGAGCCGCUCCAGGGCGGAGAUUCGUCCAGAGCCACGCCCACGCCGCUGAGGAGGGGGUCGGUACCGGUCCCCGUGACGACAGCAGGCGCCCCCUGUGGCUGCACGAGCGGUCGCAGUACUCCGAAGCUGCUGAGGAAGAACAGCAUCCGGAGGCCCCUGGGACUCGAUGGGCCCUCAGCGGCUCCUCCCCACGGCUCCCCCAGCCUCCUCCACCGGGUCCUGGCCAAGUCCAGGAGGAAGAGCUGCCCCCUCCUGCCCCACGCUCCUCUGGACACCGGCUCCGACAACAGCGCCUUCCAGGCGGACUAGACUGCAACCAGGCCGCCCCCCCACAAACCAGGACAUUUAGGAUCUGAUUCAUGUGUGUAAUCGUUUACUGACCUGAAGAUCAUUUAAAACCUGGUUCCAGAGGAGGUCUGACCUCCGUCAGGUCCGAGCCUCUGAGCUCCCGACGGGCUCAUCUGUUUUUAAAAAUGUGUUUAACUUUAAAAUCUAUAUUUUUCUUUUUUACCAACUGUAACAGAAUAAACGAGGUCCCGUUCA